AACUAAAAAAAGAAAAAAAAAAAAGAAAGCUAGUUCAAACCAAAAAAAAAAAAAAGUUAGUGAUAAGAAAUGGCCAAUUCUGGUUUCCAGCUUCUGGGGUACUUCCUGGCUCUGGGCGGGUGGAUUGGCAUCAUCUCCACCACGGCGCUGCCGCAGUGGAAGCAGUCGUCCUAUGCGGGCGACGCCAUCAUCACCGCGGUCGGCCUGUACGAGGGGCUGUGGAUGUCCUGCGCCUCCCAGAGCACGGGACAGGUGCAGUGCAAGGUGUUCGACUCCAUGCUGUCCUUAGACGUGCACAUCCAGACAUGCCGGGCACUGAUGGUGGUGUCCGUGCUGAUGGGCUUCAUCGCCAUCAUCGUCAGCGUGGUGGGCAUGAAGUGCACCAAGGUCGGGGACAACAACCCCCUGACCAAGAGCAGGAUCGCCGUCUCAGGGGGGCUGCUCUUCCUGCUCGCAGGGUUGUGCACAUUGGUGUCCGUGUCCUGGUAUGCCACACAAGUCUCCUACCAGUUCUUCAAUCCAAACACACCUGUGAAUGCAAGGUACGAGUUUGGCUCCGCUCUGUUUGUGGGCUGGGCAGCGGCCAGCCUGACCAUGCUGGGGGGCUCCUUCCUGUGCUGCUCCUGCCCCACGGAGGAGAGGAGGGGGCAGCAGUACUACCGGCAGUCCCAGCCCUCCACAGCCAGGGAGGAUGAAUUGUUGAGUGAAACUAGUUUCCCUGACUGACCACUCCCCCCUGCCUUUUUUCGAAGAUUGUCCAAGUUCCGCUCACUGUAUACCUUUCCUUGUUCCUUCCUAGAUUCAAAAUUUGGACCCUUAUCUCUUCGCUAUAGCACAUAUUGCACUCCCUAAACAUUUGUACCUUAUCAGCAUCUGAUAAUAAAGUUUAAAAUUCACACCAAGGCUACCCCGCCUCCUUAUGCCUGUCCCACCCCCUUGUCCUCUGUGUGCAUACGGACUAUUUAAAAGAAUGGUGUGAAUAGACACUUUCCAUUGGCUGCUUGGUCGUGACCAUGCUCCGUGUUGUGUGUACUACCUGUAUGCCAUUACAUCUCUGUUACCUGUGAUUGCAUCUCAUGUCAUGAUGUUGUGUGUACAGUAUUUCUUGAAUACCUGCAAUGUUGGAGAUGUUGCCUGUUUUCAUAAAAUAUACAACUGUGCUACUACUUAAACCUGAUUUUUUUCCCCCCUUUUCUUUUAAAUUGCAGACCAAAUGUAAAAAGUUCUCCAACAGACAAAGGGGAGCAGUACUUGUAGUUUGGGAGAGUUUGAGAGAGUGGGCAGCACCGCUGGUCACAAGCUGUUUAGAUUUCACAAGGCAAGAUACUUUAGGCAAAAAAAAAAAAAAAAACAUAACAGAUAAAUAAAAAUACAUAAUAAACGUGCUUUCAGAACCAGCUCAAAUGGAUUGUAUCAUUGCAGUAAAAUAUUUAUGAAAUAUGCAUCUUAGACAUACCUAUAGACCUAUCUAUGAAUAAUAAAGUCCGUAACUCAUGCAGCAGUACUUCAGGUUACCUCUAUAUCACUAUAAUAUGCAUUUCUGAUCUCCUGCUCAGCUACAUGAUAUGCAAAACUGUCCCAGUAUUGCAACAUAGCAAAUAACGCUGUUAAUGUUGUUAGGUUUGACAUGAUAUUGAUUGUAUAAAGUCGACUUUCACUUUACUGUAGCUCUCAACAUACUGUAGAGGCAGAUACUUUUAACAGUCCACCGUUUGUCUUUUAUAUUAAAUUCUUAUGCACCAGAGAUCUGCUUAUGUAAUAAUGACAAAAAGCGUAGCGCAUCAAGAACAUCUCCUGAAAAAGAAAAAUUGCCUUUGGUCCAGCUAGAUCACAGAGUUAUGUGAUUUACCGUAGAUCUGCCAGUUUGUCUGUCCAGUUCAAAUGUUGUUGUUUUUUCUCUUUGAAAUUUAAACAUUAUUUCAUUCCAUUUGUUGUAUUUAAUUCAAACUAUAAAAAAUACAAAAUGUCACAUUAAAAGUAAAUAUGUUAAUCGCGGAACUAUCAUGUAUAACCAUGCGAAUUAUAACACACAGUGAAGGAGGUGGGUGAGGCUUAUAAAGUACUUGCUACAGGUGUAUUGACCAGAUAAAGCUCUUUUUACAAGUUUAUUUGUCUCAGAGUUUUAAUAAACAAAUACACUAUGCUGUGUAAGGGUCUGAUACAAUUCAACUGCAAAGUGGUUUGUCCUUACAUUGAAUAGUCAGUGGAACGUUGUUUCCACUACAUUUCUCCAUUCUAUUACAUCUACUGCAUUAAUUGAAUCCAGCAGCAGAUAUUUUAUUAAGCGAAUAAUGAAAACAAGAACUGGCCAGAUAAUGUUCAACCUUGGCUGGCGAAGGGCCAUCUAGUGGUAAAAUAUGGUUACUGCUAUAGCCCUGUGGGAGCCAGCUGAUCAGUCAGUUUGUGAGAGAUACUUAGGUCUCUGUUUAUGCUCUCUGCAGAAUAACACUUUGUGAUUUGAAUACAUCUGGCCCUUCCUAAGAUAGUAUUGUAGGUUUACUAGAUACUUGCGAUUUCCAUGUACUGGUCUCUUUAAAUUUCUGUAUGUAAAAUGACUUCCCUUGAAAAAGGGGAGUGAUGCAUUUUAUGGACAGUGUGCUUUAUAAAAUUUAAAAAAGUUAUUGUUGUAUACAGAUUGCAUUGACAGCUUUGCCCAUCUUUU